UAUCAUCACUAAAUUAUCAUUUUUUACUUAAUUGGUCUCGACCUUCAACGAGAAAAUAUAUAAUUCUCGAGCCAUCUUCACUUGCAUCAAAAUGAAUUCGGUACUUUUUCUUCUAGUGUGUGCGCUUGUCGCCUGUAGCGGUGAAUUAGACAAGGAAUUUUUAAUGCAAUUUUUGCAAAAAAUCAAAAAAGUGAGUGAAGAUUGCAUUGCCGAGACCCAAGCAACUAAAGAUGAUAUUAAAACAUUGUUGGAACAUAAAAUUCCCGACUCGCAUGAGGGCAAAUGCAUGAUUUUUUGCUUCCACAAACAUUUCCAAAUCCAAAACGAGGAUGGAUCUUUGAAUAAAGUGGCCGCGAUUUCGUUAUUAGAACCGAUCAAGGACCACAGCCAGGAUAUUUACGACAAGGUUGUGAAAAUCUUUAACACUUGUUUCGAUUCAGCUGAACGUGAUGACGAUUCUUGCAUUUAUGCCUCCAAUUUGGCUGAGUGUGCCAUCCGUGAAAGCAAAUCGCUGGGUCUAGACGAUUUGUUGGUGAUCGAAUAAUAAUGUUCGAAAUAAACAAAUAAUCGACAAACAA